CAAAUAAUUGUUUUAGCACGACACACGACAUAACCUGUCAAAGCAUGUGCUGGUUAGGAAUUUAGAGGAUUGUUUAUCCAAAUAUUGUUUGCGGUCGGCACCCUGUUUGGUUUCCUCGAUAGACCUUAACUCGCCACUGUUCCUGUCAUGGCGAAAGAAGGUACCAGAGUGGAUGUAGGCUUCGUUGACGAAGUAGAAUCUUGGAAACUAGACAGCAGAUUUUUUCCCAGUAAGGUGGGAGGGCGACCAGCCUGGCUACAUUUAUCUCAGUUGCCGUCCUCCAAAGAAAUGGAAUGUGAAAAAUGUCAUGAGCCUUGCAUUUUUCUGUGCCAAGUCUAUGCUCCUAUUGAAAUUAGAGACGACUGCUUCCACCGAACAUUGUUUGUCUUUAUGUGUCGAAAUGCUAAGUGCUAUUCCAGCAAUGACAACUCCUGCUUUCUGGUAUUACGAUCUCAACUGAGACGUCAAAACGAAUUUUACCCUUUUGACCCGCCUGAAGACUCAGAAAAUUGGCACCCUGAAUGUAAGAUUGACAAGUGGUCAGAUGUGUGCGCUGCCUGUGGCAAUAGUGGAUCAAGUCACUGUGGGCGCUGUAAAAAGGUGAAAUACUGUAGUCGAAACCAUCAAGUACUUCACUGGCGAGACCACCACAAACAGGCAUGUACUGCAGGAGACCAUGGUAAUGUGAUAGGCAAGUCCUCUUGCUUAUUACCCGAAUAUGAGUUAAUCGUGGAACCAGAGGGGGAUGAUGCAGUAGAUGGUGUCAAAUCUGUGGAUUCAGACUGUGAUGAAGAUGACGAUAAUGAUGAGGCUGAAAAAGCCAGAUUGAAAGAGUUUGAGAACCUUCAGCUUGAAGGGAAAGCUGGUACCUUUGCAGAGGAUGACACUGUAGAUGCUGAUCUUCUCCAAAUGGCGGCAUUUGAUGAAGACAAAAUUUUUAAAUCCUUCAAGACCCGGAUUGCAUAUAAUCCAGGUCAAGUUCUUAGGUAUCAACAAAAUGGAGAACCUCUGUGGUUAUCAGAUGACCACCGACCUUCAGAUGCUGAUAUUCCUCCAUGCACUCACUGUGGUUCACCUCGUGUCUUUGAGUUUCAGAUUUUACCCCAACUCUUGAACCACCUGUCCUUAGACAAUGUGGACCAGAGCAUUGACUGGGGCAUCUUAGUGGUGUACACCUGUGAGCGCAGUUGCACAGAAGGGCCCGCCUACAAGAGGGAAUUCCUCUGGAAACAGGACAUUAACGCGUAGAUUGUGACACAAUUAAACGGAAAGCCUUAAC